GGUUUGUACCAACCGAGCUUCCGUACCAGGAAGUAGUACCCUGUUAGCUUUGCUUGUGCAACACAAGGACAAAGAGUGUUUGAUGUUUUAUUUUAACAACAUUUAUAAUCUGAAUUCAUCCUUAAACACUCUUUAAGCUGUUUCCUGAACCGCGGAUGUGAAGAUGUCUCCCAAACCUCUGGAACCUCUGGCCAAGAAACUCAUGAAGGGAGUGAUCGCUCUGGAGCUUCUGGGUGUGUUCGGGGCGUACGGUCUGUUUCACAUGAUGAACAACAGUCGAGAUUUCAGGAACACCGUGAACAGGCGGUUUCCAUCAGUGCUGGAAGUUUACUACCAGUCCAACGAGUGGGCGGGGGUCUACGGCAUCCGGGAGAAAGACCACGAAGCCUGGUCGGCCAAAGAGGACUGAAGCUGUCAGUCAGUUAACAAUCAACAACAAACGGACAGCAGCCGCUACUUCUUCCUCUUCUUGUUCCCGAACGUCUUCCCUGCCGUCCUCGCUCGGCCGAACACCUUCUUCUUGUUGAACAUCGCCUUCUUCCUGCGCAGCGUCUUCACGUCACGGCCCUGCAUCCAGUCGUCUCGCUGAGCCUCCCACUUCAGCUGCUUCAGGCCUGCAGGGACAAACAGGGUAUAUGUUAGAGGAGACAAGUCGGCAUCACUUCCUGCCUCCAGUGUUCAGGAUGACGCGAGGAAACGAUUCAAACGAUGAGGAGUGACUGAAUAUCUUUCUUAUGGUCAACAAAUCUCAUGAAAAGAGAAGAAGUUUAAACCGCCUCUACGGCACAGACGAAGGCUUGUUAGUUGUUGUUUUUAUGGGAUUUGUUUACGAUAAGAAACAUAAAAUAUCACCAGACUUAUUGUAGAGAAUGUAUCUAAAGGGAAGCUCCAGUAUUUGUCUUAUUCUCGUAUUUUAGUCCAUUUUGACUGAUUGGUCAUGAUAACGUUUCUCUCACCAUCUCUGUUGGAGAGAUUUAGGGAAAACAUGGACUACAACAGGAACAACGUUAAAAGGAGGGAAAGCCUCCAAAAGAUUUCCAGUAGACUUCAGUUUAAAAGAAAGAAUCUCAUUUUGGGUAAAAAGUAAACACUGAACAGAUUUGUGUGUGCAAAUGAGAGAAGAUAUUCUGUUUCUGAAUUGGAUAAACAUUAAAACACUUUAAGAGCCCUUACUUAGGAUAUUUAAACUCUGUAUGAAUAUUUAAUAAAUGGCUUUUAACUAUACUAUAAGCCGUUUAAUGUACAGUAUUUAUCCAGAAUUAUAACUUCUCCUAUUAAGACGUCGGUUCCAACAGCAGCCUCUACUUAUGGUUGUCCUACAGGAGGAGUUAUAUUUGUCUUAUUUGUGUUUGACUGCAAUGUUUUAACCCUUAAGCCUUUACUUGAAGUCUGAUACGUUCAGAUUUCAGUUCAAGUGAGUGUUCGUUUGUCUUUUAACAACAGAGCUGGAGAGUAAAAACGUUAUCAUGACCAAUAAUCACAACAGACAGAAAUAUGACAAUGAGGCUCCUUCAAGUAUGAAUCCAUUAAGACUUUCUAAAUGACUUUAUUUAUAAAAAGUGAGUCAUUUUAUGGCAAACUGUUGGAAAUCUGAGAGAUUUUGUCUCUGUGGAGAAGUUAUUAAACCUGGCUGGUAUCCAGCAAACUGAAUAAAAAAACCUUCCUGUUGA